UUCAAGGAAUUAUACGAUAAUUGAUUGAAUGGGUAGCGAAGUAGCAGAUCUGGAUGGAGUUGACGGACGAUUAUUAGCGUUGGCUGGAUCACCUUCUCAAUAUAUCAAAUUAAAUGUCGGCGGUGCAUUGUAUCAAACAACAAUAUGUACUUUGACCAAACAUGAUUCCAUGCUACGGGCUAUGUUUUCUGGCCGGAUGGAGAUUCUAACCGAUAGUGAUGGUUGGGUGCUGAUUGAUCGUAAUGGAAAGCAUUUUGGUACGAUUUUAAAUUUUUUAAGAGAUGGUUAUGUUCCAUUACCGGAAUGUCGCGUUGAAACAGCUGAAAUACUGGCUGAAGCGAAAUAUUACCUUAUUCAGGACUUAGUGCAAUUGUGCCAAAAUUGGUUAAAAGUGAUAACAAAGGAAGACGUCGAACCAGCCGGUAUCUGCAAAGUCCCGCUUAUUAAUACUAAAAAGGAUUGUGAUCGUAUUGUAACUAGUACCACAAAGCCCGUUAUAAAGCUUCUAAUUAAUCGGCAUAACAACAAAUAUUCCUAUACUUCUCAGUCGGACGACAACUUAAUGAAGAAUUUGGAACUAUUUGAUCGACUUGUUACACGAUUUAAUGAUCGUGUCCUUUUUGUAAAAGAUAUGGGUGCAGAGAAUGCAGAAGUAUGCCAGUGGACAUUUUUUGGACAAGGCAGAAAAAAGGCCGAAAUUUGUUGUACAUCAAUAGUUUAUGCAACUGAUAAAAAACAAACGAAAGUCGAAUUCCCAGAAGCUCGUAUUUAUGAAGAAGCAAUGAACGUCUUACUCUUUGAAGAGCGACACGUUUGUAUUCGGUGUGGUGGUGAAGGCGGGAGCUGCUCACCACCACGCGGCCUUUCUACGUCCCAAUUGCAGCUUCCACCAUUUAUUUAUUCGUCUCACAGCGCUUCAGUUUCGCCACAGUGUACUUCACCUGCUUUGUUUGGUAAUGAUGUGCCAGGAACUAGCGGGCAGGAUGAUCGACGUCGUGCUUCAAAAUUGAUUGAUGGACGCUCAAAUAGCCUUGUUGUAACAACCGUUAGUGAGGAUACAACAUAAAUGUAAAUUUUACAUCGGGGAUUUCCGAUAUCGGGAUAAUUCCAGUAAAGUCUCUGGAGAACUGCAGACCUAAUUUGUAAAAGUUUUUUUCUACACUGAAACAAGUCCGGGAAAGUUUGCUGCUGGGAGAAAUGAGUGAUUACUUUGUUUACUUCCAGUGUUUAUUUUAUGAGGCUUGGUCCAAGAGUUUUCUUCCUUGCCAACAACACUAAGAUUUAUCGUUAACAUUACUUGACUGUUGGUUGUUUAAGGGUAGGUUUUUAGUUC